AUGCCUUCGAAUAGCACUGCCAAUCCGUCCGAGUUGCCUCGUGACAACGACAACAACAAGACUAUCAACACCAGCCAUAUCCAUCACCAACAUACGCCAUCAUCCCCUCCUCACGCUACCCCGACAAAACGCCGUUUCGACGACUUGGACCUCAACGAUAGAAGCGUUCAAACAGCCGCAUCAUCGUCAUCCAACACCAACACAGCUGCCUACUCUGCUCCUCCUCCUCCCCAAGAACCCAACAACAAGCGCUCCCGUUCGGAAUUAUUCGCAGCUUCUUCCGCCACCCACCCGACAACAGCCACCACCAACACCACCACCACCGCAACAACCAUGUCCGCCAAGCUCAAGGGAAAACGCCCCGCCUCCGGCCCGCCAGAGGUAAUCGACCUCACCCAAGGAAGUAGCAACUCCGCGGGGAACUCGCCUGUUCUUACCGGAGGAACCUCUUCUUCUUCUCAUCACAAUCACGGUCACGGUCACGGUCACGGUCACGGUGGCGGCCAUCCUCACAUCAGGGGGCCACCACCAAUAUCCUCCUCUUCCUCGCACAACAACAACAAAGGCCACCGUACGUCGUCAACAGCGGCGCCGCUCAACCCUAAGGGCAGCCAUGGCGGCAACUUGAACAACAGGACACCGGGGGCGGCAGGGGCCGGGUCCGGUGGCGGCACGAAUUAUCUUCAAACACACAUUGGCGCCCGCCGUCUUGUGGUCAAGAACCUCCGUCCUGUCGCUACCCAGACUCAGACCGAAGAAGCGCACUAUGCACGCAUUCGUGGUGAUUUAGAUGCGGCGCUCAAGGCGGUGUUUACCGGGCAGGGUGCAGGUGCUGGUGCUGGUGCUGGUGCUGGUGCUGGUGGCGCUCCUGCUUUUGGAGGGCAUAGUCCUGGUCCUGGGCCAGGUCUUGGUCAGGGUCGUAGCGGAGUGAGCAGCAAUACCACGACGGGCGGUCAACCGAUGGAGAAGCUAUACCGCGGGGUGGAAGAUAUCUGCCGGCGGGGUAAGAAAGAGUCAGCAGAGCUAUACGAAUGGUUAAAGGAUCGAUGCAAGGCGUGGUUGAACAGCGACGAGGUGCUCAAGUCGCUGUUGGCUGCUUCUCCGUCUAUAGCCACAGACAGGGGAGAAGGAGGGGGGGAGGAGGAUGUGAUUCUGCUCAAGGCGGUGCUGGCCGCUUGGAAGAGGUGGAUUGCGCAGCUUCUGGUGAUCAGGUGGAUCUUCAGCUACCUGGAUAGGAGUUAUCUCCUUCCUGGUGGCGGCGGGACUACUGCUGCAGAUGGGAAGGGCAAGAGUAGUGCUACCGGCAAAAGGGAGGGGGGGCCGACGAGCGUGAAUGAUAUGGGUAUCAGUGCGUUCCGGAGCGCCAUGUAUAGCUCGCGGAGCAGAAACGGCGCGAAUAUGCAGACGAUUGGCGCGCGGGUGGUUAAUGCUGUGUGCGUGUUGGUCAUGUUUGAUCGGCUGGAUGAUGUCCGGUUCGAUUCGCAGCUGUUGAGGGAGUCGGUGGCCAUGUUGAGGCUCUGGGGGGUGUACGGCAAGGAGCUGGAGCCCAAGUUCAUCAAUGAGUCGAGAGAUUACGUGAGGAGGUUCGCGGAAGAGCGCAGCGAGUCAUGCGGACUCAAGGAGUACAUUGAUGCUUGCGAGCGGCUCCUCAACAGGGAAAGCGAGCGGUGCGAUGUGUACAACUUUGACAGCACGACCAAGCGCCAGCUUAAGGACAACGCGUACCAGACACUCAUCUUCAACUAUGCGGAGAAGCUUCUCGACAGCGGCAGCGUCGCAAAGUUGCUGGACGCAAACGAUCUCGAUUCCAUGAAGGCCCUAUACGAGCUGCUUAAGUUGUCAGGUAUCCAGAAGAGGCUGAAGGGACCGUGGGAACAGUACAUUAGGAAGACGGGCGCGGCCAUUGUCAGCGAUACGGCUAGGGGCGACGAUAUGAUCAUUCGCUUGCUGCAGCUGCGCCGCGCGCUAGACGUGAUGAUUCGCGAUGCGUUUCACAGGGACGAGGAUUUCACACAUGGUCUACGCGACGCUUUCGGGUUCUUCAUUAACGACAAGUCGGUGUCGUCAUCGUGGAACACGGGCACCUCGAAGGUUGGCGAGAUGAUUGCCAAGCAUAUCGACAUGUUGCUCCGCGGCGGUUUGAAGACGUUGCCCAAAGCACUGUUGUCCGAUGUCAAGGAUAGACAAGAUGCAGAGCGGAGCGGUAUUGCUAGCACGGCCGAUGAAGAUGCCGAGCUGGACAGACAGCUUGAUCACAGCCUGGAGCUGUUCCGAUUCAUCCAGGGCAAAGACAUCUUCGAGGCGUUCUACAAGAAGGACCUGGCGCGCAGACUGCUCAUGGGCCGUAGCGCUAGCCGCGACGCAGAAAGAAACAUGUUGGCCAAGCUGAAGAACGAGUGCGGUUCCAGUUUCACCCAUAAUCUGGAGAUAAUGUUCAAGGACCAGGAGUUAGCCAAGGAUGAAAUUGCCUCCUACAAGACGUGGCUAGCCGGCAGGGGCGAGGACUCGCCCGUGGCCAAGUCGGACCUCGAUCUGAGCGUUAACGUCCUCUCGGCCGCCGCGUGGCCCACCUACCCCGACGUCCGCGUCCUGCUGCCGCAGAACGUGCUGGAUCACAUCACCGCCUUCGACACGUACUACAAAUCCAAGCACACCGGCCGCCGGCUAACAUGGAAGCACAACCUCGCGCACUGCGUCGUGAAAGCGCGCUUCGACCGCGGCGGACCAAAGGAACUUCUCGUCUCCGCCUUCCAAGCCAUCGUCCUCGUCCUCUUCAACGAUGCCGAGGAAAGGUCUCCCGACGACGGCGGUAUCCUCUCCUACGACCAGCUCGCCUCGGCAACGGGCAUGCCCGACGCCGAGCUCCAACGCACCUUGCAGUCGCUAGCCUGCGGCAAGACGCGCGUGCUCAACAAACACCCCAAAGGGCGCGAGGUCAACAAGACGGAUACUUUCAGCGUCAACAGGUCCUUCACCGACCCCAAGUUCCGCGUCAAAAUCAACCAGAUCCAGCUGAAGGAGACCAAGGAGGAAAACAAGGAGACGCAUGAGAGGGUUGCCCAGGACAGACAGUUUGAGACGCAGGCGGCCAUCGUGCGCAUCAUGAAGAGCCGCAAGCAGAUGGCGCAUUCGCAGCUUGUGGCCGAGGUCAUCAAUCAGACUAAGCAGAGGGGCGCGGUGGAUGCGGUGGAUAUUAAGGCUAAUAUUGAGAAGCUUAUUGAAAAGGAUUAUAUUGAAAGAGAGGGUGGAAAUUAUGUUUAUCUUGCGUAG